UGGUGGUGGAGGUCCAACCAAGGACGGGGCGGUUGCGGCGUUAACUUAGUGUCGCUGCCGGGUAGCUAGUAGCCCUACACAUGGUGCAGGAGCUAGGGCCGCUGCGCAAACAACCUGCACUUAAUCUCAAAACGAUAGGUUUUUAAAAAUCCAGUAGUGAGGUUACGCAGAACACUGGGCGAAAGAGUGGGGGGUAAAAACACGUCACCGCGCCGGCCUAAGUCACGUGCGAGCAAGCGUGGUCCGCCGAAGUUAUCUUCCACUUCAUUAUGCUGGUUAUCGCCCGCUACGCUAUCCACUAGAACUAAAACAACUAAGAUAUGAUGUCGAUUAGCAACCGCUUCUUUAUACCAAAAGAUACAGAAGUCUAAGUAAUUUAUAUCCAUGUUUUCGGAAAUAACAUUUUUGAAUGAAAGAAAUAUUGCGGAACAUUUCGACGGUCGUGACGUUACUUAUUUUGAUGACGCGACGGAGGCCGUCACAUGAGUGGAACCGGCCGGCGUUCGUAAAGUUUAGCUUCGUCAGAACAGCCGCGGACCUCGACCGUUGAUAACGUUCGCGCCACUCUGCGAUCUACUGCAUGCAGUUAAACACGAUAACAAGUUGUUGUGUUUCAGUGCUGAAAAUGAAGUGCGAAGAUCUUACCUAAAUAAAUAAUCUCGUGACAGUGUAACGAAACUACCCGAUCUAUCGGGAAAAUUAUUUGAAAAGAUAGUUUUACUUCCCUCCAUAAUUCUGAGUGGAUUUUGGGAUGAUGUUUUUAUUGCAGUGAUCUGAUGUUUUUAUUGUGAAAAAAAUUGAAUAUGGAAUCUCUACACUACUGGGAGGAGAAUGGACAAGUUGUCAAAUAUGACAAUUACAACUCGAGCGAUGGGUUCGGGCGAGUGGCGGAUCAGCUCAACUUCGCGGCGGCGCCGUCGGAGGACGAGGGCGAGUACCCGCCCGGCGCCUACCUCAAGAAGGGGAAGCAAGAUCCGAUGUCGCAUCGCAUAAUCGAGAAACGCCGCAGAGAUCGCAUGAACAACUGCCUAGCGGACCUCUCCCGGCUCAUUCCACCCGAGUACCUGAAGAAAGGCAGGGGCAGGGUCGAAAAGACGGAAAUCAUCGAGAUGGCGAUCAAACACCUCAAGUUCCUGCAGGACCGAGCUAAUGGUGUGUACCACGGAAACGAUUUGCCUAAGGCGGUAGAGAGGCAGGUGGCGGAGCACUACAAGGCCGGCUACCAGGAAGCGGCUGCGGAAGCGGUGCGCUUCUUCGUCGAGGUGCAGGGCUACGGGCCAGGCGAUGGACUCUGUGCCCAGCUUUCGACACACUUGCAGAGACACUGCGAGAUCAUCACUAAAGGAAAGAAUCUGCCGCCGCGCGAUAAGCCGCGGUCGCACCCUGGCUCGUCAUCGGAGACAGCGUCGUCAUCGAGCAGCUCACAUGGGUUUAGCAUCAAGACGGGUGUGAUCGCCUCCGUACCACCGCCUGCGCCGCCCUACCCGGUCGAGUUUGAGCAAGAGCGACAACCGGAUCACGCUUACCCUAUGGAGUGCGAUAGAGUAUCAAUGGGUCCUGUUCCAGUAAUGGGAGAGGGCGAAGCUCUACCUGAGCCGGAGCCGCUGCCUCUGGACGGGCGGCGCAGACGUGAGCCCACACUGCGGACCGUUCGGAAGCCCGAGCACGCCGAAGACUUCCUGCACUCCUACAAAUUCAAGAAUUCCAUAGAGAGGCGAUUCUCUCGAUCGCAAGAUAACGAGGCUCACGCGCAGCCGCACGCGCACGCACACACGCACGUGGCGCACAAGGCGUACGGACACAAGCGCCGGCGCGCCGCCAGGCACGUGCCCUCCACCUCCACCUCCGCGUCGGGCUCCACCGAGGACGCGCGCGACACCAGUCCACAGGAUACUUCGAGCGAAUCACCGCACCGUCAAGAUACAUACGAGAAACCGUUGCCGCCGACACAGUACGUUCCAGUGUUUGCGCUCAACGAACUAGGUAAAUACUACGUGCCGUUAAGCGUGGAUUACGCGUGUCUUGCGCGACACGUUGGCCCGUACGAUAUGCUUGACGCGCGCGCCGUACAGCUGGCCGCGCCCUUGCACCCGGUCACCAUCCACGUCAACUUUCAGCCCUGCCUCAACUACCACGUGAAGUGUGAACCGAACGAGCGAGAUUGGCGCGCGGUGUGAAAAUACAAUAAACGAGUGUUUAAAAAAAACUUUAAAAACCUUGACUGACAAAAAGAACGCGUUUUCGAAAUAGCUCUUGAUUUGACUGUGUACUAGAACCCCUUUAAGGGUCAGGAAAACUAAAAACAAAAUCUAAUCUCGAGUGUUUUGUUUACGGAUUCGUGGAGCUUUUGGUGAGAUUUCGUCGAAUGUGCGGGUAGACUCUUGUUUUAAAUACGUUAACAUAAAUGACUGACUAUGUAAUGUGAUUGGUGUAGGUUACGUUCAUAAGUGUCUAACCAACUAAUCAAGUGAAAGUCAGAACUUUAUUCUCAUGCUGCCUACCUGACAGAACUCAGAAAUAAAAGCAGAUAUAAAUAGGAAGAAAUACUAAAGAUUAGGCUGUAAAAGAACUUGGUAUCCUUUGCACUGAAACGCAAAGGAUGCGAAUUUCAAAUUGGUGUCAAAGAAUGGGGAAAAAAAGGAAGAAAAGAAAAAAUCUCUCUUCAAGCUAGAUUAUAUAUUGUAUGAAAUGAAAUGUGACUUGGAUGUUUUAAUUCUUAAUACAAUUGUAGUAAAGUAGCGAUCUUCUUUGACUAAUUAAGGAACCAAAGCGAGAGUUGUACAAAGUAAGAUUAAGGGAAAGAUAACGUAACGGAAACAAACAUGUCGCGACGAAAUAUUAUAUAAUACUUAUAAUAAAACGCUUUAAUGCAUAUUAUGCUAUAAAACGCUAUAAUAUGAUUUAUAGCGUUAUCGUUACUCCGACCACUGACAGCAUUCUUGACCUUCCCGUAUAACGAGUUUUCCAUCUUUUUUUUUAUAAGCGAUAGUUUGAUAAAGAAAGCGUUUCACUAAUUCGUUUCCGUGAACCGAGUAUUGUUGCCUGGUUGACUGCAGAGUGCGGGAGGUCUAAAUUGGGCUGUCUUGCGGCCAAACUAUAUUAAUCAGAAGACGUGGAUUUUAUAAUGAGAGUCUAGUGUUCCAAGUAUGGCUGUGAUAGUAGAAAGAUGUAGUCAUGUUUUAUAUAUUGUUAUAAAUCAGCCAUAAUGCGUUUAUAUUAUGUUAUAUACAAAUAUUAUUGUUUAAAGUAUCUACGGUUACGUAUCAUUAUUAAUGUUUUCUACGUUAUGUUUCAAAUAGUUGUCAGUUAGAGCACUUAUGUGCCGUUGUUAGAAACUGGUAAUAAAAGACUGAAGUUUUAGUUUAAAGUUUUAUUUACUUUAAAACAGUGUGGUGUGUGUUUGCGUCAAAGAUAAAAAUUAAAUAUUUACACUGAUUUACACUAAUCAAAUUGGGGUAUAAAAGAUACUUUUGUAAUUAUAGAAUCACUAUCGAAGCCACUUGGUGGAUAAACUUGUAAUAUCAAUGUUAACAUUCUAAAUGCUAUUAAGACAAAGUCAAAUAAGUAAGUUGCCCCACAGGUGGCAUAGUAUUUAAGAUAGUAGGCAGGUACAGGUCGCAGCACGUAACUCUAGCGCUGAACAAAACGCGGAGGGGAUAGCUGCGUAUGGGUACGACAGGAGAGCCAAUCGGCGCAACGCACAUCCACCCGCGCACCUCGUUUCCCCAAGACAUCUUAAUUUUUACUUCUGCGCAAUAACGGUCAGCGCUAGAGUUUCGUGCCGCGACUUAUAAUAAGUUUAAUAAAAAUACCAUUAUCAGUAUGGUCAAAUUGGUGCUGGUAUUUUCUAUUGAAUUUAAUAAAUUACUAUUGAGUAGUCAAAAUUUGAAUGUUUAUCCGUAAAAGAAUUAGGUAGUAGUUGUAUGUAUGAAGUAUUUGAAAUAGAGUCUGUGCGGAAAGAGAAUGGGAUUUAGAUUGGAGGGCGCUGUAGUGCUUUUCUACCGUAUUUGUAAGGUUUUACUCCUUUUAGACAUGAUUAAAUACAAAAAACCGCAAGAAUUCACAACAACAAACAAAUCUGUAUCAAUACAAAACUUUGACGUUCUACAGAUUGCUGGGUUUGAUUGCCAAAUAAAAAUCUUAAUGUUAGUUCCGUUUUCGCCACGCCCAUUCUCUUUCCACACAGACUCUAUACUUAGCAUAAGUCAAUCAUGCAUAACAUUCGCACAGGCUACUGUGUAUUCAUAAAAAUGUCUAACUGGUAAAAAAAAACUAGUAACAUACAUACAUGGGCUCGUAAGAAUUUUAGUGAAAAAUAGAAGUGAAAUUUUGUUACUUUGAGCAGCAGAAAGUAAAUAUGGUAUUCCAUGAUUACGUUUAAAGCAGGUUAAUAAUUAGUUAUAUAUAUACCUUUACCCUAAUAUAAUUAAUUAUAUAUGUACCUUGUGGUUAAAACAUUAGUAUUAAUUUAUUUUAUCUCAUAAAGAUGACUAUUCGCAAUUAAGUUCGGACCUCCUCUCCAGUGCAGCUGAAUUAUUUUUAAUAAUCUUUACUUCAUUUUAAGAAGUUUAUAUGAUAAUGUGUGAUGUAGGUAUGUCCUCGAGAUGUAUAGCUUAAGCCUUAAGGGGUUAAUCAUACGAUUUUUCCACAUUAUAUCUAUAGUUAACAGUUUUAGCCGUCCUGUCAUGAAAGCUCCAUGUUGUAACUUACAAUAUAGGUAGUUAGUAGUAAAUUAUCAAAGAAAGGUAGUAUGUAAUUUAAUAGGGUAUUUGACAAGUUUUAGAAAACGAUCUCACGUUACUGACUAAUGUUUAUGGAGACCGUAAAAAGUAGAUAUUCAUCAUUCUGUUGUGUAUUUCAGUAAAAAUAACCAUUACAAAAACUCCAUUUUCUAGUUGCCGCGAAAACGCUUUUUUGGACAAUAUGGCGUCUUACUAGUUUGUGACGUCACACGACUGUUAUUAAAACGUCAAACGGUACAAUGUAAUGUCACUUUAACCGGAAGUUUACUUGCGUGUGACGUCAUUUUAGGCUCCGCCAAUCCCAAGCGUUUUGGGUAACGUGACAAUAGAUAAGAAAACUAUUAUCUUUUUCGUGGGUUUUUAGUAAAAUUAUGAAUAUUUUUUUUAUAAAAAUAGUAAAGACCCCUGCCAAUAUUCAUUCCAAACACAGAUGAACACAAUUGGCACUUUAUUUUUAAUACUGUCAAAUACCCUAUUAUAUCUGAAAAGUUAACUGCUGGUUUAAGAAUCAAAAUGCGCUUCUAUUUCAUUAUAUUUUGUUACCAAUAAGAUCGAUUUAUUUUACGAGAACCUGUUAAUUAGAAAAGAGAUUUGCUUAUAUGUAAGUACUAGGUAUUUGUCAUGCAUGCGAAGAACAUCUAAGAUACUUUAUAUUUUGUAAAUAAAUUGUUAAUAAAGUAAAUGUUACAUAUUUU